UAGUGACACAGGAGGCGGCGGCCCGGCCCGGCCUGGCGCUGGGAGGGGGCGGCUGGGGCCGGUUACCGGGGAGACCGGGCAGCGCCCUGCGCUCCAUGCGGCCCAGGCCGGCGCCAUGACGCACUUCGACACACAGUACCAGCGCCUGGAGGCCUCCUACAGCGACUCGCCCCCGGGGGAGGAGGAUCUGCUGGUGCACGUUCCCGAGGGCAGCAAAUCUCCCUGGCAUCACAUAGAGAACCUGGACCUCUUCUUCUCUCGCGUCUAUAACCUGCAUCAGAAGAACGGCUUCACCUGCAUGCUGAUUGGCGAGAUCUUUGAGCUCAUGCAGUUCAUUUUCGUGGUAGCCUUCACAACCUUCCUCGUCAGCUGCGUUGACUAUGACAUCCUGUUUGCCAACAAGAUGGUGAAUCACAGCCAGCACGCCAGCGAGCUUGUCAAGGUGACACUGCCAGAUGCCUUUCUGCCUCCCAGCGUGUGCAGCGCAAGAAUCCAGCAGAACGGCUUUCUCAUUUCCAUCCUGGUGAUAGCGGGGGUUUUCUGGAUCCAUCGACUCAUCAAAUUUAUCUACAACAUCUGCUGCUACUGGGAGAUUCACUCCUUCUACAUCAACGCCCUCAAAAUCCCCAUGUCCAACCUGCCCUAUUACACCUGGCAGGAGGUGCAGGCUCGCAUCGUGCAGAUCCAGAAGGAGCAUCAGAUCUGCAUCCACAAGAAGGAGCUGACGGAGCUGGACAUCUACCACCGCAUCCUGCGCUUCAAGAACUACAUGGUGGCCAUGGUGAACAAGUCGCUGCUGCCCAUCCGCUUCCACCUGCCCGGGCUGGGCGACACCAUCUUCUACACCCGCGGCCUCAAGUACAACUUUGAGCUCAUCUUCUUCUGGGGUCCUGGCUCGCUCUUUGAGAAUGAGUGGAGCCUCAAGGCGGAGUACAAGCGGGGCGGCAACCGCCUGGAGCUGGCCGACAAGCUGAGCGCCCGCAUCCUCUGGAUCGGCAUCGCCAACUUCAUCCUCUGCCCCCUCAUCCUCAUCUGGCAGAUCCUCUAUGCCUUCUUCAGCUACACCGAGAUCCUGAAGCGGGAGCCGGGCAGCCUGGGCGCCCGCUGCUGGUCACUCUACGGCCGCUGCUACCUGCGCCACUUCAACGAGCUGGACCACGAGCUGCACUCCCGCCUCAGCAAGGGCUACAAGCCGGCCUCCAAGUACAUGAACUGCUUCAUCUCCCCCCUGCUCACCAUCGUGGCCAAGAACGUGGCCUUCUUCGCCGGCUCCAUCCUGGCCGUGCUCAUCGCCCUCACCAUCUACGAUGAGGACGUGCUGGCUGUGGAGCACGUCCUCACCACCGUCACCCUGCUGGGCGUGGGCGUCACCGUCUGCCGGUCCUUCAUCCCAGACCAGCACCUGGUGUUCUGCCCAGAGCAGCUGCUGCGGGUGAUUUUGGCACACAUCCACUAUAUGCCCGACCACUGGCAGGCCAACGCCCACCGCUACGAGACCCGGGACGAGUUUUCUCAGCUCUUCCAGUACAAAGCGGCAUUCAUCCUGGAGGAGCUGCUGAGCCCCAUUGUUACCCCCUUGAUCCUCAUCUUCUGCCUGCGGCCCAAGUCCCUGGAGAUCAUCGACUUCUUCCGGAACUUCACCGUGGAGGUGGUGGGCGUGGGUGACACCUGCUCCUUCGCACAGAUGGACGUGCGCCAGCACGGGCACCCGGCGUGGAUGUCAGCGGGGAAGACUGAGGCCUCCAUCUACCAGCAGGCCGAGGAUGGCAAGACUGAGCUGUCCCUCAUGCACUUCGCCAUCACCAACCCCAAGUGGCAGCCGCCCCGCGAGAGCACGGCCUUCAUCGGCUUCCUUAAGGAGCGCGUGCUGCGCGACAGCAGCGUGGCGCUGGCCCAGCAGGUCGUGCUGCCUGAGAACGCCCUCUUCACCUCCAUCCAGUCCCUGCAGUCGGAAUCCGAGCCUCACAGCCUGAUUGCCAAUGUGAUCGCAGGCUCCUCAGCCCUGGGGUACAUGAGCCACGAGCUGCAGGCCUCCCGCCAGCUCUCCGAGGUGGCCUCUGCCCUGCGGUCCUUCUCCCCGCUCCAGUCUGCCCAGCAAACUCAUAGUGGCUUCCAGACAUCCGGGUCCCACGUGGAGGGGGCACCGCCCCGGGCCCACAGCACCAUGACGGCUUCUGGCACGGAUGCCAGAACAGCGAGCUCAGGGAGCAGCGCCUGGGAGGGCCAGUUACAGAGCCUGAUCCUGUCGGAAUACGCCUCCACCGAGAUGAGCCUGCACGCACUCUACAUGCAUGAGUUGCACAAGCAGCACACUCAGACAGAGCCCGAGCGGCAUGUGUGGCACCGGCGGGAGAGUGAUGAGAGCGGGGAGAGUGCCCCGGAGGAGCCGGAUGCUCAGAAGGGAGCCCCCACCGUCAUACCCCGCUCUGCCAGCUACCCCUUCUCCUCGCCGCGCCAGGCUGUGGAGGAGUCAGCCACCCUGCAGAUGGGCUUCCAGCGCCGAUACGGCGGCAUCACAGAUCCGGGCACAGUGCACAGAGCCCCAUCGCACUUCUCCCGCCUGCCUCUAGGGGGCUGGGCUGAGGACGGACAGUCGGCACGACACCCGGAGCCGGUUCCAGAGGAGAGCUCGGAGGAUGAGCUUCCGCCUCAGAUACACAAGGUGUAGCUCUGGGGGUGAGGAUCUCGUGGGAUUCCAGACUCUGGAGCAGCCUGGGCAGCAGGACCCGGGGUCCCGGCCCCCUCCCCUGUCCCACAGAGGUGGGGUGGGCAGAGGUGCCUAGUGCUGGCGUUCAUGCCGAAGGGACAGAACCACCACGUCAGCGCCUUGCGGUGGAAGCUUCUGUACAGACGUGUGUCAAGCCAACAUCACUCAGACUCGUACUCAUGUUGGGUGAAUGCGUGUGUGAGUACAUACGUGUAUCUGUGUCCGCAUAUGUGUUGUCCGUGUCGGAGGGAAUCGGCCAAGAGCUGCACGGAGCACCGCAGAGCCUGCGCGAGGCCAGCGACCCGCAGCUGGCAGGGGAGAGCUCCGCGGGUUCCGGCUGCCGGCGGGAGAGGCUACUGUGGAGUCCCUGAGCAGAGCCAGCGAUGCCUCUUCCACAGUCCAACUAAAGACCCUCCUUCGAGCUGCAGCCGGCCUGGCCCGCCCGGGUUCCCGCCAGGGGAGGGACGCAUCAGAAUCUAUUUUUGUAAC